AUGCCGAACCAUGCUAGCCACGGACCGAAUGACGGCCCGACUACGACUGCUACUACCACCCCUGACGGCGAUGGCGCUGUGAGAGGCGAUGAUGAGUUUGAUGAUGCGGGAGGCGAUGUCAUAGAGCUUCCUGUCGGUGACGAUCAGUGGAACGACUCCUCUUGGAGUCGCUGGGGAGAUCGUGAGUCUCAGUCGUGGGGAAGCGACCGAGCGCAAUACGGUCAGCGAUGGGACACUGAUGCUAACAUCGGCUGGGGGCGGCGCACUAGCUGGGAUGCGACGACUGCUACGACCGGUGCAGCCGCCGACCGCUGGAGCAACUCCAGCGAGGACCCUUGGUCACACGGUCGUGACCCUUGGACAGGAGCGCGAGACGAUGAUUGGCAAGCACGCGACCACGGAUGGCCGGGAGCUCAAGGAGAUACCUGGGCGGAUGGUCGAGCUGGCCGUUUUCAAGGGAGCGAUUAUGUUGACCGAGGAUCCGGAGCAUGGGGCGAGGGGCGAGUCUUUGAGGAAAAAGGACUCGCUUGGAACGGUUGGUCCCACUACGACAAUGGCGGCUUCCAAGGUCAGCGGGGUGAUCCUGGAGGCUACUCAGGUGGAGGAAGAGCUUCGGAGAAGUUGGCGAUUCCUACCUUUACCGGCGAGGAUACUGAAGAUGUUGGUGGGUCUGCAAGGAGUUAUCUUCGCCAAAUCGAGGCGUGGAGGCGCAUGACACUUCCCCCUGCCUCCCAGCAGGGACUCGUCCUCUACCAGAACCUGGGCGGCAAAGUGUGGAUUGCUGCCGAAGAACUUUCGGUCCCUCGCUUGGGAUCAAGCGAUGGGGUGAGCUACUUCGUCGCGUGGAUCAACGCGAGGUUCCUCGACCUGGAGGUGGCCCGCAUCGGCAAGGCGUUCUCGGACUUCUUUCGGCGCCUAAAGAGAAGAGCGGGGCAAUCUAUCAGGGAGUAUAACACCGAAUAUGACCGCCUACAUGCUAGACUACGAGAGGUUGGCUGCAGCAUCCCCCAAGAAUGUGCAGCUUGGUUGUACAUAGACCGUUUGCAGCUUGAAGAAGCUCAGGAGCUCAACUUGCUGGCGAGCGUCGGGAACGAGUACAACCUACAUCGUCUACAGCAGGCGGCGGUGCUACAUGACCGAGGGCACCGGAAACCCUGGGAGAACGGCAGGGCACGCAAGCCCCAUACCGCCCACUUCACUGCGGGCGGCGAUGGCGAUUCUGGUGAUGAGGACUUCGGCCAGGCCGAGGACAUCGAGCUCGAAGACGGGGUCCCUGAGGACGUUGCGGUGGCCUACGCGACCCACCAGAGCGCCAAGGAGAAGUACAAGGAGCAGACCAAAGCGAGGGGCUACCAAGGCGACCGAGGGCCGCCUGCCGCGAAGGAUGGAAACAACCGCAAGAGCGAGCUCAGUCGCGACGAGAAGGUGAAGUUGAUGAAGGCCAGGUCGUUUUGCGGGAGCUGCGGGAAGAAGGGCCAUUGGCACCGGGAUCCGGUGUGCCCCAACUAUGCUACAUCGGCGCAGGGCGCCGCCAAGACUGCGCCGAAGGAGGUCGAGAUGUGCCACCAUGUUCCCGCCGAGGUUUUCUCUUUGAAGCACGACGGCGCCGCGCUCUUGGGCAUCACUGACACAGCGUGUGCUAAGGCCGUGGCCGGGACCAUGUGGCUCCAGCAGUAUAGCGACGCCUUGAAGCUCAUUGGCCAGAGUCCCGAGUUGAUUCGAGAGUCCGAAGCCUUCAGAUUUGGGACUGGAAAGGUGCACCACUCUUCGUUCCAUGUGCUCAUUCGUUUUCGCCUUGGGAACAGGACCGUUGAGAUGAAGACCUCCAUCAUCAACGGCGACGUUCCUCUUUUGAUGUCGAAGCCAGCCUUAGCACAGUUGGGGAUGGUGUACGAUGUUGCUGAGAACCGGGCCGACUUCACAAAGGUGGGCCUCCGGAACUUUGAUUUGGUGACCACCUCUUCGGGUCACCCUGCUAUCCCGAUUAUCCCGGCGAAGCCGGAGCAUGGAGCCGAGAAGCUCGUUGUCGGAGAGACUUGCACCUCGGGCAGCUCGCAAUACAUGGCUUUUGCAUUGUCGCGGGUAGAUGCUGUCAGGUUCUCCCCGAACGAGUUCACAAUGUCGGAAAGCCGCUUGAGACCGCAGUCGAUCAGUGGAAGUGCAAUCGUGAUGAAAGUUCUUUUCCGCUGCUCUGGGUUGGCAGAACUUCUUUCGCGAAAGUGCGAUCUAGCUCGACGCCCCUUCCCUCGUCGCCUUCGUUCGGAAAUGGCAUGCAGCAAGCCGCCGGCGAUUUCGAAGAUGACCAAAGCCGAGCUUCUCAGCGAGUGCAACCGGGUGGGCUUGGUGGUCCAUCGCAAUUGGACUUGCGAAGAAAUCAAGGCGACGAUCAUGGAGCACCGCAUGAACGACCCGAACCAACAGCAGGCCACGGUGAUGAAGUCGAUCACCAGCCUCACGCUGCCGGAGCUCAAGGAGAAAGCCGACCAACUGGGAGUCUUGUACCCCAGUCAGGUGACGAAAGGCAACCUCAUGCGGCUCAUCAGGGACCACACGAAGACGCCCGGCACGGAGCUCAUGAAGAUCGGCAAGUUCAAGGGCUACGAGUACCAGGAGGUGCCGAGGUCCUACGGCAUGUGGGCAGCGCGCGAGAUCCGAAUGAGUCCGAACCCACAUGUGGAACUUGUUCGCUUCGCCCAGUGGUGGGAGGCAAAGGAGUACGAGACCCACUACGGCGACCGGGGCACGAUCGAGGAGAACGCGACGGUACCGUACCCUUUGGACACCAGCAGCGUAGCGGACGUGGUGACCGAGGGCCGCCCACAUGUGGAGAACCGCGACCCGACGAUCCCGGCGAGCAGAGAUCUACCAUACGACCCGAGGACCACGAAGCGCGGGAACACCCAUGGCGACUCUCCGGACAUGGAGGCCGAAGCAGACCCCGCGACCCUCGAGGAGAUCCGUGCCCUGGAGACCAGAUUGGCUGUGCUGAAGCAGAAAGCGAAGGCGAGCUCCGCACCGCCCAAGGAGCAAGCCGUAAGCGAGCACACGACAAAGCACUACGAGCGAGAAGGUCGACAGGGGCAAUAUGAGCACGGUGGCGACCAUUUUGGCGGUAAGACCACCGAGCACAGGAAUGGAUGUUGCGGGACCGACUACCACGCCGGCCUGCACGGGAUCUUCGUGUCCAACGAGGAGUUCGAGCGCGGCAUUGUCAAUAACACGGUGAACUUUGCCUGCCAGACCGCAGCCAAGCAGGACCGCGACGAGUUCACGGCGGCCCUCCUCAACAAGGACUUCGACUUCAACACCCUCGGCAAGCUCUUGGACACCCUCGACUACGACCCCGUUAAGGCGACAAGAGACGGCGUCUUUGGUGGAAAGACCGGCGACAAAGUCAACUACUUCACCUACGGGAUGUUCACUCAUGGUGGUGUUGUUGGAACUACGACCAAGACCCGGGAGCACGACAACGUCGCCCGCUACUUGAACGGUUUCGCCCGGCACUACCUCGGUGACAAGGCCACCUGGACUUCAGUGAGUUUGUCGCGUAACACCGGGACCGAGGUGCACCACGACUUCAACAACCUCAAGGGCACGGCGAACUUCACCGAGGAGGUGCCCGGGAGAAUUCACGACACCAAGAACAAGUUUGUUGAGUUUGAUCCCUUCCUCAAGCACGGCACGGAGGCAUGGAAUGGGAACAGAUGGGCCGUCACCUACCACACCACCCGCAACCUCUACAAGGCCGGCGACGAGAUGAAGAAGUUCCUGCGAAGAUGCGGGUUUCCGUUGCCCAAAGGGACCGGCCGUCCUACUGGGGAGGUCAAGCUCGGCAACAAGCCGAAGGCGAGCGUGCGGAGGAGUAUCUUCAACAAUGCUGCCCGGAUCAGCGUGAUGAUGGCGACCCUCAUAUCUGCCGCCGGGAACUACCUUGCUGAGCACGUCCAUCCACAGGUCCAGCGUAACCCGGUCGUACUCUUCGAAAUCGGCGACACGGAGAGUACCCAACAAGCAGCCGAGCUUGGCAAGGACGUUUUUGAGCCGAUGACAUGGGAGCGCUACCGUUCUCCCGAAGGAAAGACCGACGCCUUCCACAUCGUGAACGGCGGCACUCCAAGGGAGCUACGACUUCACCUGGAUGGGAAGUCUUCUGAAUGCGACGAAGCCCUCCUCGAGCUGAUGAAGCAACAGGUGAACGAUGGAGGGACCGUGGUGCUCAGCGGCGGGGCUGGCGACACCCUCUUCGAGCACAUCAACAAAGACCCUAGCUUGCGAGAUUGCAAGCAACAUGGCAACGAGGAUGGGGUCAAGGUCUUCAUGGUCUUCUUUAAGGGCAAGGAGACCACUCAACGUGUCGAAGGUCCCGGGCGAGUUCACGAAGUGAAAGUGGUCUCGUCCGAAGAACCGGGACAAGACAACGAAGCCCUGGCUAUGGGAGCGACGGGAAUAUCCUUUGGCAAAGACACACCGAGACCGGUGGCCACAGCUCUCCGUCGUCUUCACCAGAACCUGGGUCAUCCCCGACAAAAGGAUCUCAUCCGCCACCUACGCCUGGCGGGCUGUGACCAGUCCAUCCUGAAGGCAGCUCGGUCAAUGCGGUGCCAGGUCUGUGAAGCCAACACGGCCCCGAAGAUAGCACGGCCGAGCACCAUACCACCCAUGGCCGACUUCAACGACACGCUGGGCCUCGACCUGUUCUUCUGCCACGACACGGAUGACGUCAAGCACGCGUUCCUCUCCGUGGUCGAUUACGGCACCACCUACCAUACCGUGGUAAAGCUCGACGGCCAGUCCGGCGAGGACAUCGAGGCGAAGUUCAAUGAGAUGUGGCUCGUUCCGUUCGGGCCCCCGAAAGCCGUGGUCAUCGAUCUGGAGGGCGGCCUAGAAUCGGCCCUAGGGCGUGUGCGCGACUGGCACGGAAUCGGAGUUCGGAGCGUAGCGACCCAAAGCCACUGGCAAGCCGGAGUUGUUGAACGGCAACAGGCCUGGUGGAAGCACAUCUGGCAGAAAAUCAGCUACCAGCUUUCCAUCGGCGAAGACGAAGUGAAUGUGGCGGUUGGAAAGGCCCCGAGGGUCCCCGAAGACCUCCAGGACCCUGAUGGUGGUGCACAUGUUAUGUGGGACAUCAGCGAGGAUGCCAAGUACCAGAGGCAGUCGGCCAUGAGAGCAGCCGCCCGCGUUGCUUUCCACGAAAGCCAGACCGACGGCCGAUUGCGCAAGGCACUCCUACAAAGGAUCCGUGUCGCGGCCCGUCCUCUUGAUGUCGGUGAGAGCGUGCACUUCUGGCACAAGCCAAAGAACAGGCGGCAGGGAUGCUGGAGUGGCCCUGCAGUCAUCGUCGGCAAGGAAGGUGGCAACUACUGGAUAUCUAAAGGCGGGCGGUGCCGGCUUACAUCAGCGGAACACCUUCGUCCUACUACAGGAGAAGAAGUGGGAGCUUUGCUGGCGAUGAAGGGGACUCAGAAAGAAGCAGAAAUGCUUCUUAACCACGACCCCGACGGCGACGAGGCGUUCGAGGAGGACUUGGAGGAGCUCAUGCGCGACAUCGACGAGGAAAUGAGCUGGGCCGGUGACGAAGUUGAUCAACCUGCUGACGACCUGGAGAUAGAAGAGGACCUGGAGCUGGAACCCCUACGUGAACAAGACGCCACGCCAGCCCCAAAACGAAGGUUGAAGAGGAAAACUACCGCGGCCGAGCUCAACCCGGACCGCCACGAGGCAAUGAUGCUCAAGACCCACUUAACUACUCGUGGCCUCGAGAAGCGCAAGGAGAAGGAGCUCAAGUGGUCGGAGAUUCCGGCCGAGGUCCACGAGAAGUUUCGUGAAGCGGAAGCGACCCAGUGGAAUGAGCAUCUGUCAUUCGACGCUCUACAACCAUUGUCGGUCGCUGAAAGCGACCGAGUCCGGCGGGAAGUCCCAGCCGAGCGAAUACUGAGGAGCAGGUGGGCCUACAAGGACAAAAACUGGGCCCGCAGACGUGAAGGCGAAGAUGUACCCUGGAAGUGUAAAUCCCGGCUUGUGAUUGCCGGGCACACCGACCCAGACCUCACCGACGAGAACCUCAGGCUGAGCACGGACGCCCCUACAUUGUCCAGGAGCGGACUUGCCUGUAUGCUCCAGAGAACUGCAGACGGUCUCCUGGAAGAAGACCCCUGGACAUUGGCUGCAGGCGACAUAAGAUGCGCGUUCCUCACCGGAAGCUAUCUCUCCCGGGAGCUCUACAUGCAUCAGCCGAAGACCGGGUUUCCCGGAUUGCUUCCGGGACAGUUGGUGAGAAUCAAGAAGAAUGUCUUCGGCCUGGCCACCAGUCCCCAUACAUGGUGGCAGGAUCUACAGAGUGGGAUCAACGAGGUCGAGAUUAAGAUUCCCGAGGACACCGACGUCUACCGCUUCGAGCCCUCCGCCAUGGACCCGUGUGUCUUUGCUUUGCGUAAAUGGGACGGAGAAAAUUUCUACGGCACCCCUGUUGCCUACUUGGGAUGUCACGUGGACGACCUGCUGAUCGCCGGGCCAAGGAAGCUCCAGCACAUCAUCCAGCAGGCCCUCGCCGGAAAGUUCGAGAUACAGACCUGGGAGGCCGACGACUUCGAGUUCCUGGGUUCAAGGAUUGUGGUCGCCGUCGACCACAUCAAGAUGUCCCAGGAGAAGUACGCGGAGACCCGCCUCUUUACCAUCGAGGUCCCCGCCGGCAUCGACGACAGCGAGCAGUUGCAGAAGGCCCCCACCUAUGGAGACAUUAAGUUCACCAACGCCAUCGCGACGAAGGCCUACCAGUACCGCGAGCGAGGACUUGAGUUCAAGCCGAUCCCAAAAGGGAACCUGAUGAUCCUCGUCUUCCAUGAUGCGGCUUGGGCGAACGUCCCGGAGGCAGACCCCGAGGAGGACUACUACGUGCUCACUCAGCAGGAGAACAUCGACGGCCUCCAGACCGAGGGGCCGUAUGCGAAUGGCUGCAUAAGGAAGGCCAAGAAAGGCAACUCCAAGGUCGCUUCACAACUCGGGAUCCUGGUGAUGUUUGCCGACAGGGCAGCCCUCGCCGGACAGGCUGGGAACGCCAAUGUGGCGGACUGGAAGUCUCGAGCGGGACAAAGGGUUUGCAGGAGCACUUUCGGCGCAGAGACCCAAGCGUGCGCUGAAGGACUCGAGACGGGCCCAUAUGUGAGGUCUAUGUACGAGACCUUGCUAAAGGGGGUCAUGACGGCCGUGGACGCUGCUGAGCUGCCCAUCCUUUGCCUGAGCGACUGCAGGUCGUUAUACGACCAUUUGAACAAGCAGGGCAUCCCGAGGGUGCCUAGCGAUAAAAGGCUAGCUGUGGACCUAGCCGCUCUGCGACAGGGGCUACGCUCCGAAAAGUGGAACGACAGUUUGCCAAUCGCUUGGAUACCGGGAGCGCUCCAAAAGGGAGAC